GCGUCUUGUCCCAGGGCCUCCCUGAGGAGCGGCGGUGGCGGUGGCCGAGCCCGCCCCUCUCCCAGCCUCCAUCGCGGCUGCCCGCCUUCCUCCUCCUCCUCCUCUCCCAAUUCCCAUCCCCAAGCAAGGCGGAGCUGGAGAUUGAACCUUCGGCUGCCGCUACCGCUGCCACCUCUCCGCCCGUCUCCCAGGCGCCCGAAGCGAGACUGCCACCCCCUUCCCUCCCGGUGCUAAUUUCGAGGGGGCGACGCGGGGGCAGCAAACAAGGGGCGGCGGGGGUCGCGCCUUCUCCGGCGGCAGCAGCAGCAGCGGUAGCCGAAGCCGCAGCAGCGCCCUGACGAGAAGCGCCACAAAGGAGCGCCAGCGGCGGCGGAGCUUUGCGCCGCCUGCGGAGUCGCCAUGAGCUGGGGCACGGAGCUGUGGGAUCAGUUUGACAAUUUAGACAAGCACACACAGUGGGGCAUUGACUUCCUGGAAAAAUAUGCAAAAUUCGUUAAAGAAAGGAUAGAGAUUGAACAGAAUUAUGCAAAGCAAUUGAGAAAUCUGGUGAAGAAGUACUGUCCUAAACGUUCAUCCAAAGAUGAAGAACCCAGGUUUACCUCAUGUAUAGCCUUUUAUAAUAUCCUUAACGAGUUAAACGACUACGCGGGACAGAGAGAAGUAGUAGCAGAAGAACUGGGACAUAGGGUAUAUGGAGAACUGAUGAGAUAUUCCCAUGAACUCAAAACAGAAAGGAAAAUGCACCUUCAAGAGGGUCGAAAAGCUCAGCAGUAUCUUGACAUGUGUUGGAAGCAGAUGGAUAAUAGUAAAAAGAAGUUUGAGAGAGAGUGCAGAGAAGCAGAAAAAGCACAGCAAUGUUUUGAGAGACUGGACAAUGAUACUAAUGCCACUAAAGCAGAUGUUGAAAAGGCAAAGCAGCAAUUAAAUCUCCGUACACACAUGGCUGAUGAGAACAAAAAUGAAUAUGCUGCCCAGCUGCAAAAUUUCAAUGGUGAACAGCACAAGCAUUUCUACAUUGUCAUUCCUCAAAUCUAUAAGCAUCUUCAGGAAAUGGAUGAACGAAGAACCAUCAAACUUAGCGAAUGUUAUAAGGGGUUUGCAGAUUCUGAGCGCAGAGUUAUCCCAAUAGUCUCGAAAUGUUUAGAAGGAAUGACUGCUGCGGCAAAAUCGGUUGAUGAACGCAGGGACUCUCAAAUAGUAAUAGACUCCUUCAAGUCUGGUUUUGAACCUCCUGGAGACUUUCCAUUUGAAGAUUACAGUCAGCACAUUUACAGGACUGUUUCUGACGGAACAAUCAGUACACCAAAGCAGGAAGGGGUGAAAAUCGAUGCAAAAACCACCGUGGGCAAGGCUAAGGGCAAGCUGUGGCUUUUUGGAAAGAAACCAAAGCCGCAGUCCCCUCCCCUCACCCCUACUAGUUUAUACACGUCCAGUACUUCUAAUGGUUCCCAGUAUCCCUUAUGCUCGAUUGAACAAGUCCAUUAUUGCAUGAGUGAGAUAAAAACAGGGAAGCCCAGAAUUUCUUCUUUCAGAAGCCUCAAAAGAGGGUGGUCUGUGAAGACGGGCCCUGCUCAAGAAGAUUUCAGCCACCUGCCUCCGGAACAAAGGCGGAAAAAACUGCAGCAGCGAAUUGAUGAACUUAACAGAGAACUACAAAAAGAGACAGAUCAGAAAGAUGCACUCAUCAAAAUGAAAGAUGUAUAUGAGAAAAACCCGCAAAUGGGUGAUCCGAGCAGUCUUCAGCCAAAGCUGGCUGAAACUAUGAGCAACAUGGACCGCCUUCGAAUGGAAAUUCACAAGAAUGAGGCCUGGCUUACUGAAGUUGAAGGUAAAGUAGCAGCAAGAGGAGACCGUAGACACAGCAGUGAUAUCAACCACCUCGUAACCCAAGGACGAGAGAGCCCUGAAGGGAGCUACACCGAUGAUGCCAACCAAGAAAUUCGAAGCCCACCCCAGCAGCACGGCCCCCAUAACGAAUUUGACGAUGAGUUUGAAGAUGACGAUCCCUUACCAGCCAUAGGACACUGCAAAGCUAUCUAUCCUUUCAAUGGUCACAACGAAGGCACUCUGGCUAUGAAGGAAGGGGAGAUUCUGUACAUCAUAGAGGAAGAUAAAGGGGAUGGGUGGACUAGAGCCCGGAGGCAGAACGGAGAAGAAGGAUACGUGCCAACAUCCUACAUCGAUGUAACUCUAGAGAAGAACAGUAAAGGUGCAGUAACCUAUAUCUAACCUCCGGCCCGUCAGCUUAGCAAUGAACAUUCCUUAAAGAAUCCUGAAGCACACAGAUGGAUGGAAAGUGUUAAGAGCAUUCGGGAAGCCUUUCAGUCUGUUGUUCACCAUGUGAGCUCGUCCGGGGAUGAAGCUGGAAGAACGUCUGCGUUUCAAUGAGUCUCUUGACACAGCUUGGGCCAGUGCCAUGUCCAUAAGUCUUCUUUCUCUGCCUCUGUCUGCUUCAGGGCUUCUAAGCGUUAUCCUACAAUCAAUGGUUAAUCUGUUAUGAUUUUGAUAGUUUUCUUUAUUUUUAUUUUUUGGGGAGGAAAACUUUUUACUGGCUUAAAUGUUUUUUAAAAAUUGAUCACUGUUACUAUGAUUUCCAUCGCCUCAGUGUGUACAGUCCGUUAGCCAACCCCUGCCCCCUUCCCAAAUCCGCCCCACCCCCCCAAAAAAAUUUCCAAUACCCAGCUAAUAACUAUAAGCCCAGUGCAGUGAAAAUGGCCCUGCUGCAGAUAAAGUGGGUGAGCGGAUCUGCUUUUGCUUUUCUGAAUGCAAGUCUUUCCUCCUUGUUCCCUUGCCCUGUUCUGCAUUGUGCAUGGAAAACGGCUGGCAAUCCAGUGCUAUGAGGAGCAGUUCAGAAAACAAAGAAGCCGUUUCUGCUGCGAGUGUACAAGCCAUUGCUUGGGUGUAAGAGGUUGCUGCUAACGUUUACAAACAUGCCUGUCGCGUACGCAUUAUUGCAGUUUUUACUUUGCAAAAUCAACGAGCGGCACUUUCCCAUCCUACAAAGGAUGAAUGUGGAAGCUAGCUGGGGAAGUGCAUAGCAGAGUAACUGGGGACUCCGCAGGCAUGCAGCGUGCUGAUGUACCCAGCUUUACUUCGUUCCUACCUGUUAAGGACUUUGAAUGUAACGUGGGUCACUGAAAUGACUUCCUUCUGCUUGGGAUUCCUGACGAGGCUAUUCUGUCGGUAAAAGGCAACUUCCUCUCCUCUUGCACCGACACUCUUGGGGGGGAAAAACUCUCCUGGGAAAUAUCUAUUCCAGGAGUCCAGGCAACGCUGCAUCUCAAUUUCAUGUGCACGAAUUCGGUGUGGACCACCCCAUUCAGUCCACCAGAAGGAGCAUAUCUCAUACGUGAAGGAAGGCGGAUGCUGGUGAGCUCCCCUUUGCUCAAAUGAAAAUCCCUGUGUGCACAUUGGAGCGCCCGAGCCUGGAAUAGAUCGCUGGACUCUGAUGAUUGUCGCUGAUGCACCUAUAUAAGUAGAAUUUUCUAAGUGCUACUAGAUAACCUGUACAUUUUCACUUGGGCUGGGGAGUUAUCCUGGAAGCAAAGUUGCACUAAUUUGCUACUGGAUGAACUGCUGUCUGGAAGCUAGGGAUGCUUAAAAAGGCUUGGUGCCAUUACCUGUGCAUAGGAAGAUUUAUUUUCUAACCGUUUGAGAGGGGUUUAUUAUUUUUAUUAUUUUUACUUUAUUCUAUGAGCACACUUCUCUCUCUGAAGGCCUCUGGUAAUUCUGUUCUUCUCUUUUUUCCUCUUGGACUGCAGGUUCCUGAAGCGGGUUUCUGAGAAAAUGGGCGAGAUGUUGAAGGAGGUUACAUGCAGCUGCUUUUUUUUAUUUUAGGGGGGUGGGCGAGGGAAGGAAGGGGGUAGGGAGUUAGGCCCAGCAAGAUGGGCAAAAGCCAGUUGCAUGAAGGCAUGCAGGCAAACAUGACCCACUAACCAUGUUAGCAUCCCUCUGUGUAUUCAAAAUCGUUACAGUAAAGCCACCGCUCCAUUUCAGCAGAACCAAACCACCUGAAAACGCAUUCCUUUUGUGGUUCUGAAAAAGCCCUACUUUUGCUGUCUGCCCGUUGCAUUGCCUAUUGGCUGUUUCGGCUGCCUCGUUUUCCAUGCCCAUUUUGAGCUGGCAUUGAAUUGAAGCCAUGUCAUCCUUCACAGUCUCUGCCUGUGCCACCUCCAUUCUCGCCCUAACCUCCUCCUGCAUGUCUAGAUACAUAUCAGGACUGCCUGCCUAAUGUUUUGUAUUUCCAUAGCUCUUCCUCCUCUUCUGCAUUCAUAGCAAAACCCCACUUUACUAUAGUUCUGUUAUCUCCAGCACUAAAGUUUGUUUUCCUUUUCAUUUCAGUUUCCACUUAAUGCUGCUAUUGUUACCUUUUUCUUUUUCUUCUCAUUAUGACCAUCAUCAUUACAUUCCAGUUCUUCUUUUUUUGUGUUGCGACUGAUGUGCAAAAAAACCUAACAUUCAUUUUGAUUUGGGGGAAAGGAACGUGUCCCAGCAGCCCGUCCUCAGCACCUCAAUAACCCGUGAGCACUGAAAAGCCUGAGAUUUAACAGCACAGAUUUUUUUUCCACCACAAGACAAAAACGACUGUUUUCAGAAGUGCUUGCCAUUCAGAUGCUGCCUUAAAACUCUCGAGUGCCUAAAUCUGUUGAUUGCCAACGCUUACCACUUCAGUAUCACAAAGGGCUCUGAGCCUCUGCUCCGAAUGACCUCCUGCAUCUUUCUACAGUACUACAGCUGCUGGUAGCCUUGGCAGAUGCUUUCUGGGCCUCUGCCACAACAUGAUACAUGGUGCAUUGUAAACUUUAUGCAUUGGAAGCAAAACACAUGUAUCGUUUUCGUUUUAUGUCUAAUGAAUGUUUUUAAUAGGAUUUUUAUGGAGCCUUUUUUUUCUUUCCUUGAUUGUCUCUUAUUUCUUGAGUUGGCGGGGCAGGGUUGGGUUGGGGAAAGACUCCAGUUUCUAAUUAACUGCAGUGCUAGUCUGUUUCCAAGUGACGCUUCGUUGUAAGGACCAUUUGAAAAAUUGGAGUGAUAACUUUGUAAUGAUCUAUGUGCACUUUUACUUGUAAACAUUUGAGAUUUGAGAAAUGUUUAUACAUGUAAAUAUAGUUGUCUGCAGCACACACCCCAUAUUG